UACGACAACCACUAUGGCGGCUGCCGGUGGUGGAUUUGGAAGUGCGAGGAGCGUCGACGAGCGUAAAGAACAGACCCGGAUUGACAGGACCGAGGUGUUGCGACAGGCUAAAGCCAAUUUUGAAAAGGAAGAAAGGCAUAAAGAACUUAAACGACUUCGGGAUAAGGAAACAUGGAUGCUACCUGAUGUGAAUAAGCGAGUUGAACAGAUCUCACAGGAACACUGUGUGAAGAAAAAGAAGAAAAAAGACAAGCAUUCAAGAAAAGUAAAAAAAGAGAAGAAAAAAAAGAGCAAGAAACAAAAGUGUGAAAAAAACAAUGAGUCAACUGACAGUUCAUCAAGCUCUGAAGAUGAGUGGGUUGAGGCUGUUCCCUCCCAUACUACUGGCAAGGAAAAGGCCUGGAAGGUGAAAGAUGAAAAGUCAGAAAAAGAAGACAACCAAGUUAUUCAGAGGGAUGAAUGGAUGACUGUUGAUUUUAUGUCUGUUAAAACUAUGUCAUCAUUAUCACUCAAAGCUGAAAAGGAAACUAUAAGGAAAAUAGAGCAAGAGAAAACCCAAGCACUUGAACAGUUCAGACUGCUGGAAAGAGAAUUGAAUCCAUACUGGAAGGAUGGUGGGACAGGUCUUCCACCAGAAGACUGUAAUGUGUCAUCAGUUACUAAAGUAGUAGAAGAUGGUGGUUUAAGCUGGCUAAGGAAGUCUUACCAAAGAAUGAAGGAACAAGCUGAGAAACAAAACAGAAAUUUUGAAGACAUUGUAGCUGAAAGAUAUGGGUCAAUGGAAAUCUUCCAGUUGAAAUUAAAAGAAGCUGAGAAAACUGCGUUUAUGAAAGAAGACUGUAGACGAGAACGGUGGAGGAAACCAGCAUACUCAAAUAGAGCACAAAGUAGUCAGGAAAGUAGAAAAUCAGACUUAGUAAAAUAUAAUAAAAGUUCAAGAGAAAGAUAUAAUACAACAGAUAUUGCAAAGAAUAUCAAUAAAGAUAAGUUUAGUGGUGAUGAAAAAGAUAGUAGAUCUGGGUCUUUAGAAGCAUGUAGAAAAGAAUCCAGUCCAAAACAAAAUCAAGAGUUUUCUUCUCAUAUAAAUUUGAGACCUAAAUUCUUAAGACCCCCUGAUGAACUGUCAUUUCAUAGCAAGAACAGAAAUUUUGAACCAUCUAGUUCAUCUUCAGCACUGGUCUCUCAGGGUUCUGUACAUUGUGGUUUUCGAAAAUCCACAGAGAACAGUGAAGAAAGUUUAUCAUGGUGGAGUCGAUCUGAUGGGAGAGAAGGAGACAGGAAACAUUCAAAUCGAAAACCAUUAGAAACCAGUCACAGUGUUGACCGUGGACAAGUUUCAGAAGACGUGAGAGAAAAAUCACAGGGUGAAAGCUUGAGAGAGAACUCUCUGAAAAAAGAACACCUACAGGAUACAAAGUCUUCGCUUGCUGGGAGUAGUCCAGUGGAUGACUCUAUCCACAUCUUGAGUGUUGAUGAGAAGAACAAGUUGGGAGCCAGGAUUAUCAAGGCAGAGAUGAUGGGAAAUAUGGAAUUAGCUGAACAACUUAAAGCCCAACUUGACAAGGCAAAUAAAUUCGAAGACAACAUAAUGCAGAUAUCAUCAAAAAAAUCUGGGGUAGAGAAUGAAGAUCAGGAAGAAGUGAUCCUUGUCAGAACAGAUCAUUCUGGAAGAGUCUGGCCUGUGAACACACCACGAAAACAUCUGGAAUCUAAAGGAGGAAGAAGGAAGAGACUGAUUGCUUCAACCUAUGAGGAAAAAGAAAGGGUCAGAUACUUUCAUGAUGAUGAUAUUCUAAGACUAAAUGAUUUAGUCAAGAACGAAAAGAUGGGAACAGCAGAAAAUCAAAACAGACAUUUUAUGAAAAUGACAUCUAAGUUUAUGGGAAAAACAGAUGGAGACUAUUACACUCUGGAUGACAUGUUUGUCUCCAGAGCAGCUGAGAGAGAAUGUUUUGGUGAAGAGGAGGAGAAUCAGAGGAAAAAAGCUAUUGCUGAGCACCGGAGUCUUGCUGCACUAAUGGAAAAAUGUCUGUAUUGUUUUGACAGCUCUCAAUUUCCCAAGCACCUUAUUGUUGCAAUAGGUGUUAAGGUUUAUUUAUGUUUACCCAACUUACGAUCUCUUACUGAAGGGCACUGCUUGAUAGUCCCUUUGCAGCACUAUAGAGCAGCUACCUUAUUGGAUGAAGACAUCUGGGAGGAAAUUCAGAUGUUUAGAAAAUCAUUGGUAAAGAUGUUUGAAGAUAAAGGAUUGGACUGUAUCUUUUUAGAAACAAAUAUGAGCAUGAAGAAACAGUAUCAUAUGGUUUAUGAAUGCAUUCCUCUCCCAAAGGAAGUGGGUGAUAUGGCUCCCAUCUAUUUUAAGAAAGCCAUAAUGGAAACUGAUGAAGAAUGGUCUAUGAACAAGAAAUUGAUUGAUCUCUCUUCAAAAGAUAUCAGAAAGUCUGUACCCAGAGGCUUACCUUACUUCUCUGUGAAUUUUGGCCUCCAGGGAGGGUUUGCCCAUGUCAUUGAAGAUCAACGCAAAUUCCCUUAUUACUUUGGAAAGGAAAUCAUUGGUGGGAUGCUGGAUGUAGAACCAAGACUUUGGAGAAAAGGGAUCCGAGAAAGCUUUGAGGAUCAGAGGAAGAAAGUACUGCAGUUUGCUCAGUGGUGGAAACCAUUUGACUUCACCAAAAGUAAAACAUGUUGAGACAUACCUUUCAUUUUUUUAUGUCCUCUUCAGAUUUCUUUCAGUUUUAUUUCCAUUGCAUCUAACUAAACAACUGACCAUCAGGUAAUAGGAAGAGAGUCAUGAUCUGGUUUUAUGACAACUGCAUCAUUGGAUCGUGUCGGUUUCCUUCCCCACCUGCUCCUGUGGACUUCAUUGUAGUAACUGUGGAGCAAGACCAGUUAUGUUGUGUGACCUGUUCUUGUCCUGUUCUGUACCUAUGUCUUGGUAUUCUGAACUAUUUAUAUUAACAUAUAGAAAGACUUUUCUGAAGGAUUAUCUAGGAAGUAUAGCAAAUCAUUGCUUCAGAGGGAAGCGGGUCUGCUUCAAGUUUAAGUCUGCUGACUAGCUUCUGCAUUUUUUAAACUAAGAGUUGGCAUAUUUAGUAAUAAUUGAAAUUUCUUUUCACAGCAUUUUAUAGAAGCUCUUAAUUUUCUACCAAUAGCAUAUAUAUUACUACUAUUCUUUUUAUUAAAGGAGAAAAGAAUGUCCCAAAAGUAAUUAAGAAUUAAAUAAGGUAUAUAACAUGUU